AUGUCAACGUCCCCUGAACAGCAGCCUGAAUCAGUGCAGGAAAGCAGCCCCGAUACUGAAGGUACACCAACAGAAGCGACCGGGUCUACGUAAGUGAACUUUUGCGAAAGUGAUGAAAUUAUUUCAGGGUGUCCUGUUGGCUGUUGAGGGCAGCUUGGAGGAAUGGAAUUUCCGCGCUCUGGGAUGGCAAGUAAAAAUGUGCUUAAACGAUUUAUUUUGUUUCAGGAUAUCUGGGCCUCGAAGCAACGAAAUCGGGAAGGAAUUUAGUCCCACGAACUAAAGAGAAACAUUGUUACGUACAGGGUGUCAGUGCGCGAGCAAACACGUUGUGCAAACGAAAACGUACCUUAUUCAACAAAGGAAUGAUGCUUAACGUGAAGACCAAGGCGGAGGUGCUAAUAAUCAUUAACAACGGAAAACAGAGACAUGUAUGCGGAUCUGAUAGUAUCAUGAAAACAUACGCAGACGGGAAACUGAGACCCAGCGAUUCUGACAAGAUGUACAAAGAAAAUUUAGUCAGCUAUUUGGAGGACCAAGUGUCAAACCUUGGUGUCUGCCCUCUGGAGAAUGCUCCUGAUAAAUUAGAGUUAGACUCCACCCUGGCUGGCGUUCUUGGUCACAGUACAGAAUAUACGGUAGCAGAGAACCCAGACACCGAAGGGCAGCCGCGAAGUCAGAGAUCUAUUGACCUGCAUGCCAGUUCAACUUCUGCACUUUCAGAGCCAGUGAGGCAGUUACCUCUUAAUAGAAGAAAACCUCAGCUGAGCCAGGAGGAGCCCUCAAAUAUAGACUCGACACAGUUAGCUAGCAAGAUCACUUUUAUUUCAGAAGACUCCAUUGAAGCAGUCACGUAG